AUGCAGCUUGCCGCCGUUCGGUCUCUAGCUAAUGUUUUCACUACCUUGCGCAAUCUUGAGGAUGGGGUCAAGAGCCGGAUUAUCGAGAGUCGCCUCAGCCGUCUGCUUUCCGCCGCGGUGAACUGGUACUUCCCGUUCAAUCGCCCUCUGGCGACAGUGUGUCGAUUGUCCCUGUCGUUCACUUGCGGGACAACGGCCCUUUACGGCCUGUUUCUCCCUGCAGUCUGGCACGUCUCCGGUCUCGUCAUGGCCGUGAGCUCGCCAGAAGAGGAGCUUUCGCGCGAGUGGCUCGAAGAAGCAGUCUUCUGCUUCGGCCAAGAGACUGGCUUAGAGUUGCGUGCGAUAAUACGAGACGACUGGCGACUGCCACACCUGAUUGAAGGCGAGAUCCACCACCUCUACUUCCUUGCUUUCGUCAUUACUACUGUCUUGUGUGUCAUCCUGGCGGCACUUUCCUGGUACGCACUCGUCAGGGCCGCCCCUUCCCGACGUGCCGACAAGCUGCAGCCUGCAGCCCUGAGAGUGGACCCCGCCAGCCAUGAGACACAACUCCGAGGGACGCCCCCGACGCCGUGCGAGAUUCAUCUGUGGAACAUGAUCGACCAGUGUGAAGGCGUGAUCGCCAAGCAGGAGGGGCUCCUCAUUGCCAAGGCCGAGGAGCUUAGGGUAGUUACGCAGCGAAUGGAGGAUGGCUCGGCGCUUGUCAAGAAGCUGUCUGCCCGGCCGGUCCCCGUCGAGGAGACUCGACCCCGCGAGACGACUGUCGUGGUGGAACUCCACCAGGAGCUCGCAGUCAAGGAAGGACAGCUCAGCAUCGCCCAGGGAAAACUGGGGCAGGCGAAGGACGAUGCCAUUGUGAAGGAGCGGUUUCUCUACAAACGGGUCGCUCAGCUGGAACAGCAAGCCGACCUUCAAGCUCGGAAGGAUCAGCUCGUAACUCUCCAGCACUGCCUGGCCGCCGCCGAGGCUCGAGAACAACCGUCUCACUGCCACGCCGACACCAAACGCCAGAGCCUCAUUGUCUACAAUAACGAGCUCGUCGCCCAGAACCAGGAGCUCAUGGCCCAGUUCCAGGCCUACCAGGCUGAGCACGACCGGCUACAACUGCAGUUCUGUGACUCCUCGGUGACUAUACAGGAGAGCGAUGCCGCCCUCGGGCGUUUUAUCUUCCUGGAGGCCGAGCUCGCGACGACUCAGUCGUCGAUGGAGAGCGUAGUGCGGCAGGCGCAGGACUCCCUAGCUCGCGCUCACGAAGCUGACAUGGCUCUUCAGCAGUCUAUGUCAAACCUCCAGCACACCUGCGACUUGACUCUCGCGCAAGGACGUGCAACCGCCGACCAGGCCCAGAAACGGGCUUCCGACCUGACUGCAGAGGUCAAAGAUCUGCAAGGCAAGAUCGGCAUGGCGAUGAGGGACGCCCAGAGGAGCCAAGAGCAGGCGGCUGCUGCCGAGAGGACGAUCCAGAUUCUCGAGCACCGUCUGUCCCGUUGGGAAGCUUCGCACAGUUCGCAGGAAAUACCCAAGCGUCCCUCCCGGGAUGUGGGGUCGAUCUCUACCGCGCUCGCGCAGAGCCAGAUGACGGUCUCCCAGCAGCAGACCGAAAUCAACGACCUCCGCCGCCAGCUCGGCGAUGCCAAAAGCUCCGCAUCACGCUGUCCAAUGCGGUGGCGUCGACGCCUGUGCGCCGUCAGGGUAACAGGCGUCCGCCCACUAUCCCCUGAUCUCUUCCAGGGGCCUGUGAGCAUCCCUCCCGGGGGAUGA